AUGUCAGGUCAUACUGGUGGAGUUCAGGCUAAGCUUAAAGAAAUACAUCCUAAAGCUAUUUAUGUACACUGUAUGGCACACAAAUUAAACCUUGUGGUCAUUGAUAUGUGUAAACAUUUAAAGGACGCACGGAAUUUAUUUAAUGGCUUGGAAGCGUUGUAUGUUCAUUUUAGUCAACCUACGAAAAAUAAAAAAAUGACCGACAUUCAAGAAAAACUAGGAGUUAAAAAAACUAAAAUCCCACAGUUAUCAGAUACUCGAUGGGUCUGCCGUUAUAAGAGUUGUAACUCAGUCAUCGCAAAUUUUAAACCUAUACUAUAUAUUCUUGAUGAAGAAAUAGAAUUACAAAAAGAUAAAGAUGUUGCCCAAGCAAUAGGUCUUCUGUCUACAAUAAAAAAUGGGAAAUUUGUCGUAUAUUUGUUUGUUCUUAAUGAUGUUUUAAAAAUUAUUAACAUUCUAAGUACUCAAUUGCAAUCAAAGUCUACAACUCUUGGAAAAUCUAGUUCAUUAGUAUGUGGUGUGAUUGAUACUCUGAAAAAUAACCGUUCAGAUGUAUAUUUUGAUAAUCUGUGGAAUGAUGUUACUAUAUUUUGUGAAGAACAUGAUGUGUCAUUGGAUAUUCCUUCACAAGGUGGCUCUAAACGUCGUAGAAGGGAACCUACAUAUUUACAACAAUAUGCUGUACUAUCAACUACUUCAGCAGAAGAAUACCGUGUUAAUGAUGUACUAAUGGGUACUUCAAUAAAUAAAAAUUAUUGUAAAAUGCAUUGUUUUUAUCCUAUACUUGAUAUUAUUAUUGUCAAUAUGGAAAAACAGUUUUCACCAAAAAGUAUGGAAAUAGCCCAAUCUGUAGACAACUUUUUAAAAUUAAACUUUAAUGAAAGUUUACAAUUCAUUAAUCAUAUAAGGUAA